AUGUCAGCGGCUCCUCGGCAAAUCUCUUCGAAAUCUCUAACGCCCCUUUCCUCUCUUUGCAGCCUGCGCAGCGUGGAGCGGCCGCCGCCUGAGGACGAGGCCUUCGCGGGCGCCUCCGUCGGCCCUGAGAGCUCCGCUAACGCCACCGCCCCAGGCGAAGGCGCAGCCGCCGGCGGGGAUGACCAGGGCGCCGCAGAGGCAAGCGAGGCCGCGACGGAGGGCCACACCGAAGCGGCUCCUGGAGAGAGUGUGACAGUGCACGGGGCCGAGGGCGAGGGGGAAGCCAAGGGCCAGGGAGGGGUCAAGGGUCAGGUGGCGGGGGGGAGUGAGCGCGGCGCCACGAGUGAGCGCAGCGCAGAGAGUGUGACGAGUGUGACCAAAGCCUCGGCGGACAACAAGGACGCGAAGGACAACGAGAAGGAGGAGGAGAAGGCGAGUGCGCCGCCGCCCGCAGAGCGCAUGCUCGGGGACGACCCCGAGGGCGCCCCGGCCCGCGACGAGAGAACUAGCGCCGACGGCGCAAAGCCCGAGGGAAAGAUCACAGACAAGCCAAGAACUAGUGCGGGCGCGCGCGCGGGCGGUGGGGACGAGGACCUGGAGAGCCUGGGCCUUGCGGACGACAUGAUGAGUCUCAUGAAGGAGGAGGGGCCGGCCGUGCCCUUGGCGGCGCCGGAGGAGACCCGCGUCUCGGACGCCGCCAGCGCCGCCGCCGCCACCGCUACUACGGAGCGCCCCGUGGCCCCCGCGCCGCCCCCUGUGGCCGGCUCCUCGGGCCGCCUGAUCAAGGUGACGGGGCUGCGUGUGGAGGAGCACUCGAAGGGCAUCGCGUACGAAGACCUGGCCGGCUCCAUCCUGGUCGGCUCGGACGCCCACGUCCGCCUGUUCGGCAUGGGCCUCACCAAGUUCACGGAGCUUCAGUUCACGGCCAACGAGGGCCAAUACGGUGACUCCUGCAGCACGCACACCACGCCCGAGUUCAAGGUGACGAACGUGGGCGACGGCUGGGCGGAGGCCGUGAUCCAGCUGCCGGCCAUGAGUAGCGAGCAGAGCCGAUGGUACCUCUGCGUCAAGGACCAUGAGCAUGUGGAUUACUACCAUCAGGGGUCCGCCUCGUGGAUUACCAUGACGUCGUAUAAUCUCCUGCUGCCGCUGUGGAUUCAGGUCCUCCUCCUGCUCGUGCUGCUGAUCCUCUCCGGCCUGUUCUCGGGGCUCAACCUGGGCCUGAUGGCGCUCGACAAGACGGAGCUUAAGAUCGUCUCCAACACGGGCUCGCCCUCGGAGCGCCGCUACGCCCGCGCCAUCGAGCCGGUCCGCCGCCACGGGAACUUCCUGCUGUGCACGCUCCUGCUGGGCAACGUGCUCGUCAACUCCACGCUGACGAUCCUGCUGGACGAGCUCUCCUCGGGCCUCGUCGCCGUCAUCGGCUCCACCGCCGGCAUCGUCAUCUUCGGAGAGAUCAUUCCGCAGGCCAUCUGCUCCCGCCACGGCCUGGCCAUCGGCGCGCGCACCGUCUGGCUUGUGAGGGUGUUCAUGGUGCUCACCGGACCCGCCUCUUACCCGAUCUCCAAGGUGCUGGAUCUCCUGCUGGGCGAGGAGAUCGGCAACACCUACAACAGGGAGCGCCUCAUGGAACUUAUUAAGGUGAGUAACCCGCGUGCUGUGAGUCAGGCAGGGGAAUCCGCCCGUGACUCAUUCUUUGAUUGGUGUUUGGCCCUUCUAUCGUGUUGCCUGACCUCUCCUUCAAGAGCUCUCGCCGGCCCUGUUGACCUCCGAUGGUGUGAGUGUCAGGGGCAAGGAUCCAAGACUAAAAUAUUGGAAAUGAUUGAACCAUUUGCGAGAGUUAAACGACCGGACAGCGACAAGGACAGUCUAACGGGGGCGAGGGAAGCCUUCUCUCGUGAUAAGCUGGCGCUCUAUCAGCUGAUAAGGGCGGACGGGAUGGCGUCACGGCCGGCGAAAGGGAGUCAGGCCGAGGGUCACACCAGCCGCUGCAUUGCUGUUAUGCUGCAGACAUGA